UGUCACCUCCAGGCUGAGCAGUGCGGACGGGGCCCAGGGCCAGCAUGGCGGAUCCCGGAGAUGGCCCCCGCGCCGCGCCUGGGGAGACGGCGGAGGUCCCCGGAGAGGACAGUGGCACCUCUGGUGGGGAGGCCUUCCCUCUCUCCUCCCUCGCCAACCUGUUCGAGGGGGAGGAAGGCUCCCCCUCACUCUCACCUGCUGAUGCUGGCCGUCCUGCUGGCCCCGGGGACAGCCGGCCAAACCUUCGCAUGAAGUUCCAGGGUGCCUUCCGCAAGGGGGUGCCCAACCCCAUCGAUCUGCUGGAGUCCACCCUGUAUGAGUCCUCGGUGGUGCCGGGGCCCAAGAAAGCACCCAUGGACUCGCUCUUUGACUACGGCACCUAUCGUCACCACCCCAGUGACAACAAGAGGUGGAGGAGAAAGGUGGCAGAGAAGCAGCCGCAGAACGUCAAGGCUCCGGCAGCUCAGCCGCCCCCCAUCCUGAAAGUCUUCAACCGGCCCAUUCUCUUUGACAUCGUGUCCCGGGGCUCCACCGCUGACCUGGACGGACUGCUCCCUUUCCUGCUGACCCAUAAGAAACGCCUGACUGAUGAGGAGUUCCGGGAACCGUCCACGGGGAAGACCUGCCUGCCCAAGGCCCUGCUGAACCUGAGCAACGGCCGCAAUGACACCAUCCCGGUCCUGCUGGACAUUGCAGAGCGCACGGGCAACAUGCGGGAGUUCAUCAACUCGCCCUUCCGGGACAUCUACUACCGAGGCCAGACUGCCCUGCACAUCGCCAUCGAGCGCCGCUGCAAGCACUACGUGGAGCUGCUGGUGGCCGAGGGGGCCGACGUGCACGCCCAGGCGCGCGGACGCUUCUUCCAGCCCAAAGAUGAAGGCGGCUACUUCUACUUUGGGGAGCUGCCCCUGUCGCUGGCUGCCUGCACCAACCAGCCGCACAUCGUCAACUACCUGACGGAGAACCCGCACAAGAAGGCCGACAUGCGCAGGCAGGACUCCCGCGGCAACACCGUGCUGCACGCGCUCGUGGCCAUCGCCGACAACACCCGCGAGAACACCAAGUUCGUCACCAAGAUGUACGACCUGCUGCUGCUCAAGUGCGCGCGGCUCUUCCCCGACAGCAACCUGGAGGCCGUGCUCAACAACGACGGCCUCUCGCCCCUCAUGAUGGCGGCCAAGACCGGCAAGAUCGGGAUCUUUCAGCACAUCAUCCGGCGGGAGGUGACGGACGAAGACACACGGCACCUCUCACGCAAGUUCAAGGACUGGGCCUACGGACCCGUUUACUCCUCGCUCUAUGACCUCUCCUCUCUGGACACGUGUGGGGAAGAGGCAUCCGUGCUGGAAAUCCUGGUGUACAACAGCAAGAUCGAGAACCGCCACGAGAUGCUGGCCGUGGAGCCCAUCAACGAGCUGCUGCGGGAUAAGUGGCGCAAGUUCGGGGCCGUCUCCUUCUACAUCAACGUGGUCUCCUAUCUGUGCGCCAUGGUCAUCUUCACCCUCACUGCCUACUACCAGCCGCUGGAGGGCACUCCGCCCUACCCUUACCGCACUACCAUGGACUACCUGAGGCUGGCCGGCGAGGUCAUCACGCUCUUCACCGGGGUCCUGUUCUUCCUCACCAAUAUCAAAGACUUGUUCAUGAAGAAAUGUCCCGGAGUGAAUUCUCUCUUCAUUGAUGGCUCCUUCCAGCUGCUGUACUUCAUCUACUCGGUGCUGGUGAUAGUGUGCGCGGCCCUGUACCUGGCGGGAAUCGAGGCCUACCUGGCUGUCAUGGUCUUCGCUCUGGUCCUGGGCUGGAUGAACGCCCUUUACUUCACUCGCGGCCUGAAACUGACAGGGACCUACAGCAUCAUGAUCCAGAAGAUCCUCUUCAAAGACCUCUUCCGCUUCUUGCUCGUCUACCUGCUCUUCAUGAUUGGCUACGCUUCAGCCCUGGUCACACUCCUGAACCCAUGUGCCAACAUGAAGGUGUGUGACGAGGAUCAGACCAACUGCACGGUGCCCACAUACCCGGCGUGCCGUGACAGCGAGACCUUCAGCACUUUCCUGCUGGACCUCUUCAAGCUGACCAUCGGCAUGGGCGACCUGGAGAUGCUGAGCAGCGCCAAGUACCCCGUGGUCUUCAUCCUCCUGCUGGUCACCUACAUCAUCCUCACCUUCGUGCUCCUGCUGAACAUGCUCAUCGCCCUCAUGGGCGAGACCGUGGGCCAGGUCUCCAAAGAGAGCAAACACAUCUGGAAGCUUCAGUGGGCCACCACCAUCCUGGACAUUGAACGCUCCUUCCCCGUGUUCCUGAGGAAAGCUUUCCGCUCCGGGGAGAUGGUGACCGUGGGCAAAAGCUCGGAUGGCACUCCGGAUCGCAGAUGGUGCUUCAGGGUGGAUGAGGUGAACUGGUCGCACUGGAACCAGAACCUGGGCAUUAUCAACGAAGAUCCGGGCAAGAACGACACGUACCAGUACUACGGUUUCUCGCACACUGUGGGCCGCCUCCGGAGGGAUCGCUGGUCAUCCGUGGUGCCCCGCGUGGUGGAGCUGAACAAGAACUCGAGCCCAGACGAGGUGGUGGUACCCCUGGACAACCUAGGGAACCCCAGCUGUGAUGGCCCCCAGCAGAGUUAUCACCCCAAAUGGAGGACUGAAGAUGCCCCGCUCUAGGGGCCGCAACAGGGGCCAGGCCCCUGCCCCACCCACUUCUGUCCACCUGCAGUCCGGCAGCCUUGCUGCGUGUGUCCCCGGAGGUGAGGGCCCGCGGAGAUGCUGGGGAGGCCCCAGGACCCUCUGGUCCCUAAGCUUCCGGUCCCCUGGCUCCACCUCCUCCCAUGGGGCUCCUGGGACCUGUGUCACUCCCAUGGAGUCACCUAAACCAGUGCCUUCAGGACUCUGGGCCCCCUGCCCCGUCUCGCCGUUAUUUAUUGCUCUGCGCUCAGGAAAGUGGCACAGCAGGACCCCACCCCUGGCUGGAACCUGGUGAAGCCUUGGCCGGGCCUGUGCACAUCAGUGGCAUGGGGCUCUGUGCAGCCCAGUCUGGGGUGGGCACGCCUUCUGGGCUGUGUAGAGUCUGGGGCUGUUGGUGCUCAAUAAACGUUCAUUCAUCCA